AUGGUCGCCUCAACUACAUCGCACAGCUCAAGUGCCUUCGAUAGAUUUUCUCGGCGCUCAAAGCCUUCGGUUGUAAUCAAUCUAAACAGUCAGCAGCCAUCCAUGACCAAUUCGUACUCAACUUUGGACACUAUCAAGGGGGAAGUGAUAGUAAUGUCUGAUUCUGAUAUCCGAUUUGAAGAUAUUUUCAUUACUUUUGAAGGAACCUCCAAGACAGUCAUUGAACGACCUGGAAUAGCGGGACCUUCAGUUGAUCGAUAUUCUGCAUUUCACACUUUCCUGCGUCUAAUACAGCCCAUCGAUGAGUCGCAAUAUCCUCAGCCAAGAAAUAUAGAAAUGGGUCGCAGAUACACGUUUCCUUUUACCUUUGUUGUCCCCGAGCGAUUGCUCCCCAAUUCAUGCUGCCAUAAACAUAACCACCAGCAAGUCCAUGCAGCACAUACCCUUUUGCCACCAUCGCUAGGAGAUCCUGUGCUGGCGGAAAAUGGCAGUAAACUCUUAGACGAUAUGGGCCCCGGGGUGGCGCAGAUCCAAUAUGCUGUGAGAGCCCAACUAUCCAAGGCCAGUUCGGUAGAUGAUUCCACGAAGGUGUUCGUGGAUGCCAAACAAAAAGUCCUUAUUAUCCCAGCAACGGAUGAGGCUCCGCCUUUGAACAUUUUGGACGACAACGAAGAGUAUUGCAUGCGCAAAGAGAAGGACGUGAAAAAGGGCGCACUAAGGGGCAAGAUCGGCCGAAUUGUGAUGGCAGCUGCUCAACCAAAAGCAUUACGCAUCCCAGCAUCCGCAGCUGCAGAUGCAGCUGGUUCAGAGGAAUGUGUACCCACCACUAUGGCAACUGUCCACCUCCGAUUUGACCCUGUAAAUGAAGAUCAACAGCCCCCUCGCCUGGGCAAACUCUGGGGCAAGCUAAAAGUGAACACUUUCUUCGGGACGGAACCAUGGAACGAUAUUCCUUCCAAGACGUCCGCUCUAGCCUGGGCCCUCAACCAAAGGGUGUAUACCAAAACCAUCUCGCUCGCAACCCGCUGCGUCGCUUCCGCGACCUGGCAAAAGCACUCCUCUACAACACCCUGCUCAUCAGCCCCCCCCUCCCUCCAUCGCCGCGACUCCAUCCAAUCUACCAGCUCCGUCGAGUCCCUCCCUGGACCCACUGCUGGCUAUACUGGGGAUACCUACUAUACCACUUCAGUUCUAGUCCCCAUUAACCUACCCAAAACCCGCACAUACGUACCAACUUUCCACUCCUGCCUGACGUCGCGCACGUACACGCUCGAAAUGUCACUUUCCUACCAUACUCCCAACGCAAACCUAAUCGCCCCAACCCUAGCGAUCCGUGUGCCCAUUCAAGUCUCCACGACAAAGAGUCUGGCAAAUGCAUGCGCGGUACGCCGCCAGCCGAACCGGGUGAGGAACACGGAAGACGAAUACUUCACACCGCGCAGAGUUGCGCCCCCACAAACUCAUUGUAUUGAGCGCUCCCAGUUAUUAGUGACAGGGGUGAGGCGGGGUCAGAGCGAUCCGUUCUUCUCGGCGGUUCCGUCGACGAGUGCCUUGGCGCCGCCUGAGUAUUCGAAUGAAUCGUCGGCGUUUGCGAAGAAGCCGAAUCAGACGGUUGUCGGAAAUACUUGCUGA